UCUCCAUAAAACCCCUCUAUUUCUACCCUAUCAUAAACAAGCACCAAUCAUUUUUCAAAAUUCAAAUUUCCCAAGUCCAAUUUCUCUCUAUUUCCCAAUCAUCCAUUCUUGAAAAGAACCAAGAAAACAAUCAUAACAAAAAUAAUGAGUCCCCUUAUUUUCUCUCUUUCCCUCCUAGCAAUUUCCCUCCAUUCAUGCACUCUUACCCUCGGUCAAAAUUCUGCCUCCGCUCCCGCUCCAUCAGGCCCCACCAACAUAACAAAAAUACUCGAAAAAGCUGGUCAAUUCACCACGUUUAUCCGGCUCUUAAAAACCACUCAAGCCGGCGAUCAGAUCAACACACAGUUAAACAAUUCUAAACAAGGAAUGACUGUUUUUGCACCUACUGACAACGCAUUUUCGAGCCUCGAAGCGGGUACUCUCAAUACACUAAGUUCUCAACAACAAGUUCAGUUAGUGCAAUUUCAUGUUCUUCCUAGCUUUAUUUCAACGUCACAGUUUCAAACUGUUAGCAAUCCGUUAAGGACACAAGCUGGAGACACUAGUCCUGGUGAUUUCCCGUUAAAUGUAACGACUUCGGGGAAUCAAGUGAAUGUGUCUACUGGAAUCGUGGAUGCUACUGUGUCGAAUACUAUUUAUACCGAUGGUGAGCUUGCAGUAUAUCAAGUGGACAAAGUGCUUCAGCCUAUGAGUAUCUUUGCUUCUCCCUCUCCCGCGACAGCACCAUCUCCAGCUCCUGCUACGUUGAAUCUGAAGAAGAAGUCUCCAGCAGCAGCAUUAAGUCCGAGCUCCGGGAGUGAUGAUGCACCGCCUGCAGAUAAAUCGGGUGCUGAUAGAUUGAAUGGGGGGGUGGUGUUGGUGAUCGGAGCUUUCUGGUUUGUGUUUUGGUUGUGAGACUUUAAAUGUUUUUGACGGCUGUGAUCAUACUGUUUGGAAGUGAUGAUGAUUUCAGGGUUGGAUCAAACCGUUGUGAUUGAAUAAUUCUGUUUUCUCUCUCUUUCCCGCCAUUUUCGUUUCAUCGUUUUUCAACUGUUUGAUAUGAAUCAAAUUUUGAGGUGAUAAUGUACAUUUCUCUGUUUUUCAA